AUGACAGCUGAUUGUCGUUUACCGCAAUGCAACGAGGCCCUUAUUCAAAAUGUGUACGUGGCAGUCUCCAUUAUCUUUAUUGCCAUUGUUGCUCCGUGGUUAGUUGCGAUUGGCUUGCUGGCUGUCAUCUUUGUCCUGCUCAGCCGCGUGUUUCGAUGUGGUCUCCGCGAUUUGAAACGGCUCGAUAACGUUUCGCGUUCAUCCAUCUACAGCCACGUUGCAGCCACUAUAAGUGGACUGGAUACGAUCCGUGCUUUUGGAAAAGAGCGAGAUUUCACUUCAAAAUUCAUGGAGUUGUACGACGAGAACUCAAUUCAAUUUUUCAUGUUCACAUGCAGCAUUCGUUGGAUCAAUUUAAGGCUGGACUUGAUUGCAGUUUGCAUAAUGGGCAUCACAGCUGGACUUGUUGUAGUCCUUCGUGGGAUUCCGGCCGCGUUCGCUGGCUUAGCUCUCGCUCACGCUAGUCAGCUAAGCGGAAUAUUACAGAACACUGUUCGUUGGGCGUCUGAAACGGAACGUUAUAAAAAUGAAUGCACCAAACAAACACGAUUCACGUCAGUCCAACGAAUGGAAAAUUCUUUAAACCGUCUUGAGAAUACGCCGAGCGAAGAACUUUCAGUUGUGAAAAAUUGUCGUCCUCCAAGCGAUUGGCCACAGCAGGGUUGUGUCACAUUUUCAAACGUCAAAAUGCGCUACCGACCUAAUUUGCCACUUGUCCUUAAAAAUGUUUCUUUUGUUAUCAAGCCCAAGGAAAAAAUAGCAAUUGUUGGGAGAACAGGUGCGGGUAAAUCAUCUUUGGUGGUCGCGCUGUUUAGACUGGUGGAUUUGACUUCCGGUUUCAUCGAAAUUGAUGGGAUUAAUAUUGCUGAAAUGGGUCUUGAUGACCUUCGAUCGAAGUUGUCCAUUAUUCCUCAAUACCCGGUGCUUUUCAUUGGUUCCAUUAGAUAUAACUUAGAUCCUUUAGAAAAAUACUCGGAUGAGGCCAUUUGGGAGGUCCUUGAGCGUACUCAUAUGAAAAAAAAGGUGAAAUCCCUUCCUGGACAACUGAGCAAUACCAAGAACAAAGAUAGUUUUUCUGUGGGUGAGAGGCACCUACUUUGCAUGGCAAGAGCUCUGUUACGACAGAAUAAGAUUUUUGUGAUCGAUGAAGCCACUGCCGCUCUUGAUGCAAAAACGGACGCACUACUUCAACAAACGUUGCGUGAAACUUUUGAGGAUUGUACAGUCUUGACAAUUACCCAUCGGUUGAACACUGCCGCUCAGUGUGAUCGUGUACUUGUAAUUCAAGACGGAAUAGUGACUGAGUUUGAUGAGCCUUCGACGCUUCUUGCAAAUUCACAUUCUUCUUUUGCCAGUAUGAAGAUGACAGCAGCAAAAAACCAAAAAGAAUUUUAUGAACUAGAUUUAUAAUUGUAUUUAAUUUUGAAUUCUAAAAUAUGGCUAUAUUGUGUCAAAAUGUGUUUUUAUAUUUGCUUGAAAAUGGAAUAAUUGACGCAGACAAAUGGUAAACGUUGUCGAUCAAUCGUGAGUAGCACAUUUUUUGUAAUUUAGUAUAAUCGAAGUUGUAAAUGAAACAAUUUCAAGUUGAAA